AUGGCCUCACCCAAAACCGUCAAGGAUGUUCAAAAACUCACAGGAAGAAUAGCAGCUUUAAACAGGUUCGUCUCUAGGGCCACAGACAAAUGCCUGCCUUUCUUUAAGACAUUGAAGCAGGCUUUCGCCUGGACCGACGAGUGCGAAGCAGCAUUCCAAGAGCUGAAGCAAUACCUGAGCAGUCCACCUCUCCUAAGCCCGUCCAAAGAAGGAGAAAACCUAUACCUGUGCCUGGCGGUGUCAGCCUCGGCAGUAAGUACAGCUUUGAUUAGGGAAGAGGGCAAGAAGCAACUCCCGGUUUACUACGUCAGCCAAGCUUUCCAAGGGGCUGAGUCCAGAUACCCAAUGAUCGAAAAGAUUGCGUUUGCACUAAUAGUGGCCUCGCGCAAGCUCAGGCAAUAUUUCCAGUCAAAUCCUAUUCUUGUAAUGACGGACCAACCAAUUAAGAAGUCAAUGAGCAAGCCAGAAGCAGCAGGGAGAAUGGUCCAGUGGGCAAUUGAACUUAGUCAAUUUGACAUCGAGUACCAUCCAAGAACAGCGAUCAAGGCACAAGCUCUGGCGGACUUCAUCGCCGAAUUCACGUUCCCUGACGAAGACAGGAUUACCGACGAAGCAGAUAAACUAAUAAUACAGACUGAUGGUUCGUCAGCCCAAAAGAAGGGGGGAGUAGGAGCCAUCAUAACCACCCUCGACGGAGAAGUGCUGAAAUAUGGGGUCCAACUAAAGUUCCCAGCCACCAACAACGAAGCUGAAUACGAAGGAAUACUGACGGGACUGAGGCUUGGGAAAGCUCUUGGUGCCAAAAAUUUGUUGAUCCAAAGUGAUUCAAAGCUAGUGAUUGGACAUAUCAAGGGAGAAUACGAGGCAAAAGAAGAAAGGAUGCAGAAGUACCUCAAGUUGGCAAGACAGCUAGCUCAGGAAUUCGAUACAGUGAAGUUCAUACAAAUCCCAAGAAGUCAGAAUAUGGGGGCUGACGAAGUGUCAAAGCUGGCGUCAUCAAAAGAAGAAGGGACUAGCACGGACCUGGCAAUGGAAGUCCAAAAACACCCCAGUAUCAAGGAAGUUGCAACCUUCACAAUCCAGAGCACUGAUACCUGGAUGAAGCCCAUAAUGUCCUUCCUCCAGGACGGGCACCUACCUCCAAACAUUGAAGAAGCCAGAAAGAUCAAGAAGAGGGCGGCCAGAUUCACGAUCCUGAAUGACGUCUUGUACAAGAGAGGCUUCUCUAUGCCCUACUUGAAGUGCGUUGACGAGGAAGAGGCCAAAUAUAUCUUGGAAGAAGUACACAGAGGAAUUUGCGGCGACCAUGCCGGCUCCAGAUCCCUAGUAAACAAGGUGGUAAGGGCAGGAUAUUUUUGGCCAACCAUGCAGGUGGACGCUGCUGAGAUCGUCAGGAGGUUCGGGAUUCCCUCGACGAUCAUAUCAGACAAUGGAAGGCAGUUCGACAGUCAAGGCUUCAGGGAAUUCUACUCAAGCCUUGGGAUCAAGAAUCAGUUCUCACCCCCAGGGCAUCCUCAGGCAAAUGGACAGACAGAAGUGAUGAACAGGACGCUGUUCAAAAUUAUCAAAACCAAGCUGGACGAAGCAAAAGGUGCCUGGCCAGAAGAACUGCCCAAUGUCCUGUGGGCUUACAGAACCACAGCCAGAACCCCGACAGGAGAGACACCGUUCAAGCUUACUUAUGGCACAGAAGCAGUAAUCCCAGUGGAGGUCGGGGUAACGAGCAUCAGACGAGGAACUUUAACAGAAGGACUCAAUGACGACGAAUUACGACUCAACCUAGACUGCCUGGACGAAGUAAGAGACAACGCAUCCAGUAGGAUGACAAAGUAUCAAAAAAAGAUGGCCGAGUAUUACAACAAAAGGGUCAAACUCAGGCGACUGGACAUAGGUGACCUCGUCCUGCGCAAGAUCACUGCAGCAACCAAAAACCCUACUCAAGGAAAACUGGGCCCUACAUGGGAGGGGCCUUACCGCGUCAUUCACUACUCAAGACAAGGAAGCUACCAUCUAGAAACCCUGGACGGACAAAAGCUCCCUCGGCCAUGGAAUAUUGAGCAUUUAAAGAAGUACCAUGAGUAA